CCGGGAUCCGCGCGUCCGGGGCGGCUGGCGGCGCGAGCGGGCGUGGACGGCAGGCUGGGGGCGGCGACGGCGAGGGGCCGCGCGCGGAGGGCGCCGGGCGCAGCAUGGGCGGCCCGCGGGCCUGGGCUCUGUUCUGCCUCGGGCUCCUGCUCCCGGGGGGCAGCGCUGCCUGGAGCGUCGGGGGAGCCCCGUUCUCCGGACGCAGGAACUGGUGCUCAUACGUGGUGACCCGCACCAUCUCCUGCCAUGUGCAAAAUGGCACAUACCUUCAGCGAGUGCUGCAGAACUGCCCCUGGCCUAUGAGCUGCCCGGGGAACAGCUACAGAACCGUGGUGAGACCCACAUACAAGGUGAUGUACAAGACAGUGACCGCCCGGGAGUGGAGGUGCUGCCCCGGGCACUCAGGGGCUAGCUGCGAGGAAGUUGCAGGCUCUUCCGGCUUCGUGGAGCCUGGGUGGCCAGGCAACGCCAUGCGGCGGAUGACGCUUCGGCCCACAGCCUUCUCAGGUUGUGCCAACUGCAGCAAAGUGUUGGAGCUGACAGAGCGGCUGAAGGUGCUGGAGGCCAAGGUGGCGGUGCUGACUGUCACCGAGCAGGCAGUGCCCCCAACCCCAGCUGCCCCUGAGGACCCUGCCCCACUCUGGGGCUCCCCGGCUGCCCAGGGCAGCCCUGGGGACGGAGGCCUGCAAGGGCUACCGGGAGCCAGAGAAACCGUGAGGGCCCCGCUUCUCCCUCGAGAUGACCGAGUGGGUACCCGGGGGCUUCCCGGGCCCAUCGGCCCCAAGGGAGACACUGGCAACCGGGGCCCAACAGGAAUGAGAGGCCCACCAGGGCCACAGGGGCCCCCAGGGAGCCCUGGCCAGGAUGGAGCUAUGGGUGCCCCUGGAGAGAGGGGACCUCCAGGCCCACCGGGGCCUCCUGGCCCCCCUGGCCCCCCAGCCCCCGUUGGACCACCCCACGCCCGGAUCUCUGAGCAUGGGGACCCGUUUCUGUCUAACACCUUCACGGAGGCCAGCAGCCACUGGCCCCAGGGACCAGCUGGGCCCCCCGGCCCCCCAGGGCCAAUGGGUCCCCCCGGACCUCCUGGUCCCACGGGCGCCCCUGGGAGUCCCGGACAUACAGGACCCCCAGGCCCCACUGGACCCAAAGGAAUCUCUGGAUACCCAGGAGAAAAGGGCGAGAGAGGACUUCCUGGAGAGCCAGGGCCCCAAGGCUCCACAGGACAGCGGGGGGAACCUGGCCCCAAAGGAGAUCCUGGUGAGAAGAGCCACUGGAACCAGAGGGGUCAGGGGCAGACCCUGCCGGCACAGGCACCCCCAACCUCCUUCGGGGCAAGAGGGGAGGACACACAACCAACUACCGGAUCGUGGCCCCCAGGAGCCGCAACGAGAGAGGCUGAGGGUGCAGGCGGCCCCUCGGGGUGGGCCAGGCCAGGCUUCCCUUCCCAGCCUGGGCUCAGCCAGCUGCCUCCAGGGACCGCCCAUCCGUAUUUAUUGAUGUCCUCAGGGUCUCUCUGCCUCCUAGGCCUUUGGGUACGGCACCCCAGGCGCACCCGCCCCACCAGAGGCUGAGCAGGGACUGGGGCCUCACAGGGAGAGGUGGCCCAGGCAGGAGGUGAGGGCCUGUUUCCUCUGCAGGGAGGGGGCGGCAGGUUCGGGGUUUCUGUCUUCCAUCUGCUGCCAAGGCUUCCCAGGCCGGCAGGCAGUGAGGGAGGCGGGGCUCUGCCCAGCCCUCGGUAUGUGCAGGGAUGAAGAGGGGAGGGCAGUCUCACCUCCCUUCCCAUCAAACCUCAGAGGAGCCCACCCCCGCCUCUCCUCUCAUUUCCCGGUGCUGGGUCCCCAACCCUGAGGUCAAUCUGCCUGAGCUGACAGGGUGUUGUGGACUCCUCCUCUCAGUUCUGUCCCCUAAGCCCCCAGCCACUCCGAUGUCCCAGGUAAGGGGUGGGGGCAUGGAAAGCAAGGAGCCACCGGCUCCCACAAAGCUUUUGACAGACACCGGGACAUAGGUGUCUGCCGGCAAUAAAGGCCCCCAGCCUGACUCCCCA